UGUUCCGUCCCAUUUGGGCGCGUACCUCAGCGGUACUCAGUCUGCCCUUCCGCCGCCUUCGAAGUGCCCCUCGACAACCAUCCGAAUGUCACUCGGUAGCCAUCCGAGGGUUCUCAGCCGCCCAAUUACCCUCGCCGGUCCUCUGUGCCCCUCUAUAGCCUUCUAUGUCCCUCGGACUCCCUUCGGCACCCUUCGUAUAGCGAUCUCCACGCGCGACGCCUACGAAAGAACCAGGCAUGGGCGGCUCUUACGGCCCUUGCCUUGUGGUAGAUCUCCCGCCGGCACUUCCAUCCCUUAGGUCCCUUUUCGGCGCCCCAGAGAUCGCGUCGGUACCUCUCAACAACCCCGGC